AUGGGUAUUGUAACCAGCGGUCCUAUGAGUACCUCGGGAAAGUCACCACACACGCAUUCGACCACGGAAUCGAACGGCGCUCUAUCCGAACAUCGAAUCUCCGCGUUCAGCCAGUCUGCUGGCCACAGCAACAUGCACCACGUUCAAAACAAGGGCACCGACGCUACAGCCAGCAAAGCCUACCACGAGACCAGGAUGGCAGGUGUUUUGGCCGACUUCGAGAAGCAAUUCGGCUCCCACCCGCCGAGGCAUCCAUGA